AUGGAAGUAGGAUUCGUCACUACCAAAGCCGAUAUCUGGGCUCUUGGCUGCGUGAUUUUCCGCAUCAUCACAGGAACCCCGCUCUUCGCACCAGAAUGUUGGGGCACCACGGACGAGGCGAACUUGGAACAGAUUGUUGGAUUUGUUGAGCGAUUAGGCCCGGUACCGGACUCACUACGGACGGCGUGGCUGGACUGGGAUCGUCAUCUCACAUCUGAUGGACUCUUGAAGAACCCAUUUCCCGAAGAUGCAAGGGAACUACCACUUGAUCAAGCAAUUUGGGAAUUCAAGCCGAACGGGAUGGGAGAGGAUGAGCUGGCAGACUUCAUUGCUUUUAUGAGACUUAUUUUUCGUUUUGAGCCAGCUGAGCGGAGCUCUACUGAGGAGCUUCUUCAACACCGAUGGGUUCAAGAGCGAUUUCUUUGA